AUGGAGGUGGUCUUUGAUGGAGGAGGAGGUGCUGGCGGUGCCAACAACUGGAGGUCCCAAAUCAGGGAAGAGUUUCGCAAGUCCCGUAUCUCAGAACUAUCAGAGGCUCUGAUGCAAGCACUGUCGCCAGACGAGCCCGAGACAUUGACUGAUCUUCUGAAUGUUGCUGUCAGAUUAGAGAGAAUGAUUUUCAUAGUAGCUGUUAGCGAGGUUGAUUAUAAUUAUAAGCUGUAUACGAGAUUGGAUCAUUUAGAGGAUGAUCAUUUUGAGGACAUAUCAUCAGAUAAUCAUUUUGAGGACAUUUCAUCAGAUGAUCAUUUUGAGGACAUCUCAUCGGAUGAUCAUUUUGAGGAAAUUUCAUCAGAUUAUCAAAUGCUUGAACCCUCAACUGCGACGCUUCUGCGAGGAAUUUUUAGUGAUCCACAGAAUCAAAGCAUUCAGGUACAGAGCAACCUCCAGAGGAUGCUAUCUGGUGAUAAUACAAAAGCAACAGCGCCUAUAGGAAAUGAAGAGAAGCCUUGCUGUGAUGACAAUGAUAGGAUUAGCGUCCUUCAUGAGAGCAUACUCCAUUGUAUCAUGUCCUUCAUGCCAGCACAGGACGUUGUACGCACAAGCAUGCUAUUCCGAAGAUCGCCCCCAUUAUGGACUUCAGCGCCAUGCCUUGAUAUCGAUAUUGAUCACUUUGAUACGGACAGAGUAAAGUUCAACAAGUUUGCAAAAAGUUUGUUUGAGCGGCGGGGUAAUGCUAAUACAUUGGACAAACUCCGCCUUCACUCUUUUGCAAUUGAUGCAGCCAAGUAUUGGAUCGGUGAUGCUAUCAGACUUCAUGAAGUUAAAUCGAUUGAUUUCACUGAAAAUACAAGAUGGGAAGCUUUUUACUUAGAUCCUAAAGCUAUCAACUUUAGCUCUAAAUAUCUGCGAACUGUGAAGCUCACUAAUGUUAUAAUAGUUGCAUCUGUCUUUGAUCAGCUCAGCCGUGAAUGCACGUCUUUGGAAAAUCUGCAGUUGGCAGACAGCACUCUUUAUUGUCCUGAGAUUUCAUCAAGUUCAUUGAAGACUCUGGAAAUAAUAAACUGCUUAGUUUUGAAUCAUCUUCUGAUUCGUACUGGCAAGCUGGUCUCGCUAUGCUUCAAGGACACUCGAUGCAGGUGCACUCCAAAAUACAUAGUUCGAACUACAUCAGCAGUAAUCCUAUGUGAUCUUUCAAACGCCAAGAGCAUAGAACUGCCAACACCAGUCGCAUUCGAUAGAAUGACUCCAAGGUGCUCAAUGUUCAUCAGUCUGACAAGUCUCAUUCUUGGUGAAUGGUGUCUUUCCAACAAAUUUGCUCCUCUAGCUUGCUUCCUCGAGCACUCUCCUAUGCUUGAGAAUCUUGAUCUGAAGCUCAAGUUUGACUGUGAAGAGCAAAAGCAGCCGCUUCAAAUGGCUGAGGGAAUAUCAUUCCAAGCCAAAAGCCUUAAGAAGGUAGAUGCUUUCCUACAGUUGCCAACUGCCAUGAUCGCCUCUUGCCUCAUAGAGCAGAUCUCGGAAUCUUUUUUCCAAGGCAACUCAAGGAACCUUGUGUCCAACUUGGCAGCAUUUCUCUCUGAUAGUAACAUUGGCAUCUUUGUCAAUGCAGCUGGUAUAUCCCCUAUGAUGCCUUCCCAUUUGCAGCAGUCUGUACCAUUCACCCAUGAAUCGUUGAGAUCACCGUUGCCAUCUGGCAUGAGCCCAUCUAGGAAGUUGAUGAGAGAGCUACUCUCCUGCUCCGUGCAGAAGCUGGUAGGAGAGGCAAAGAAGAGUAGGAGGCGAGCAGCAAGUCCAAGGAAAGGCAUGGAUAAACUUUUCUGUUUCUGGGCGAGGAAGGGUGUUCUCAUGAAUCUCGCCUGA